GUUGGGAGUUUCGUGUUUUCGCAUUCGCGUCUGUAAUAUGCCAACUUCUUUUCGUUAAUUUCUCACCCAGAAAACACAAUAAGCCCAAGCAUCGGAGUGUUUUUUUUAGUGAGAAAAGGCCAUAAAAGCGCUAUGAAAAAAUGUGGCAAAAAAAAGGUUCAAAUAGUAGGAUGAAGAAAGAGAACAGGCGACAUUGUGCGAUAUACCGUUAGUGCGCGAGUGACUGUUUAAGCAUAAUUUAAAUAAUGAGGAUUCUGCACUCGUAAUUGAUUUAAGUAGUUCGUCAGACAGCAGCCAGCAUUUGCAUAAUUUUCUCCCCAUACAGAGGAGCCAAAGAAACUCGCUGCACAGAGAAAAAAAGCAAGGUUCUAGUGCUGAUAUUGGCAAUGCAGCUUAUGGAUUGUUUUCUUUCCAAACUAUUGGAAGAAAAGCAUUAAACAAAUUAGUACUUGAACUAGAAAAUAUAAACAGUUUUUGCUGAAUGCCACUUGUUGCAGCAGUCGCGGUGCAGUUGGUGUGUGUAUCGGUGCAUGCAAUGUAUUGCAACUGUAUGAGUGUUGUGAACUUAAAUGGACAAGUUAGAAUCCACAUUCCACACGCCUAGACAGCAACAACAAUGGCCAAGAAGGCCAAGAAGCAUAAUGGCCAGGAAUACGGCCGCUGAUCUAUUAGUUUCUUGGGCAAAUUUCAAAAUAAUUGCAACCUGGCCGGCAACCGGGCAACUGGGCAACCGGGCACUGGAAAUGUGAAAUUGAUUUCGAAUUUGGUGAAAUCAAUGCGUAGAAAGUGAAUCGAGGCUUACGCAAAGUUGGGGGAAAAGUGAAAAGCUGCGGAAAACUCGGUUCACCAAAAUAAAAGAAGAUCAGACCCCAACGGAUACCAAAAGAGAUUGCGUUUGCCACUUGCCAUCGGAAUCGGUUCGGCAUCGUAGAUUGCGUGCUUUUCCUGGCCAAGAUUAAGCGGAGCUGCUGCUGUCGGCAAUCAGCUGACCGGAGGUGGAACGAGAGAGCUGGAGCCAAACACCUGGGCGACCGGCGGCGCCCACCUGCCGGCUUAGAUGCGUCUAAUCCAAACGGCAACCGGCGGUGCUGCUGCGACCGUUCUGCAGUCCCAGUUCCACUCACAGUCCCAAUACAACUACACCAAUAUGCGUGAAGACGAUAUCGAGCUGGCCAUCAAAGUGGUCAUUGUGGGAAACGGCGGCGUGGGAAAAUCCUCAAUGAUCCAGCGCUACUGCAAGGGCAUUUUCACCAAGGACUACAAGAAGACGAUUGGCGUGGACUUUCUGGAGCGCCAGAUCGAGAUCGACGGCGAGGAUGUGCGCAUUAUGCUGUGGGACACUGCCGGGCAGGAGGAGUUCGAUUGCAUCACAAAGGCCUACUAUCGCGGAGCUCAGGCCUCCGUCCUCGUUUUCUCGACAACGGAUCGCGCCUCCUUCGAGGCCAUCAAGGACUGGAAACGCAAGGUGGAGAAUGAAUGCAACGAAAUACCCACGGUUAUUGUCCAAAACAAGAUCGAUCUGAUUGAACAGGCGGUGGUCACCGCCGACGAGGUGGAAACACUGGCCAAGAUGCUUAACUGCCGACUGAUACGCACCUCCGUGAAGGAGGACAUCAAUGUGGCGUCCGUGUUCCGCUACCUGGCCACCAAGUGCCAUCAGCUAAUGACCCAGGGAUACGACCAGGCCGCCGGCAACCAGCAGAACUCCAGCCAUCCGCCAUACAGCAGCACGCCCACGAUCAGCGCCUUCAGUCCGACCUUUACCAAGUCCAGUAGCGGCACCAUCGUCCUCCGGCCAGCCAAAAAGGGCAGUGGCUCCAGUGUGGCCCGGAAACGCAAGCUAGUGCUAAAAAAGUGCGGCAUUUUGUGAGGAGUGUCGGUGAUUAGACGCGGGAUGGAGGAUGGACGCGGUGGCUGUGUGCUGUAGGCAAUUAAUAACUGGAGCAUAUUUAACGCUUAAUUAUUUUGGAGCCUAAUGAAGUCGUAGCUGGGUGGGCAGCCAACCGUUGGAUGCAACCACAGCCACCACAACAGCCAUUCACUAGUCGUGCACAGACUCCGCGUGAUGUGGCUCAGACAUGCUCGCCCAGAGAGAUAAUCGGAGGCAGCAGCAGCAGAGUGGAUCUUUGAAAGAUCGGAUACCCUUGCAGAAGAUUCUAGAUACUCUAUAAAAAAUACUCAAAAAAGCUUAAAUUUUUAAACGGGUUAAAGAACUAUUGAUAAUAAUUUCAGAAUUUUCAAAAAUAAUGAUAAUGAUAUGCCUUCCCAUAACUGAUUCCAUAAAAUUCAUAUUCUCCUCAUGGAGUACUUUGCAAUAUACCAUAUUCAGAUCCAAAAGAUCCCAGUGAUCAAAGUCACAAAGUUUACACUUUAAACCGAAAGUAUAGUACCCGAAACUGCAAGGGUAGACGAGUUCUGAAAAACCAUAGACAAUAUGAAAUAUGAAAUUGCCCUAAUUAGUUUUAGAUACGAAUUGAAAUUUGUAUGUAUUAUGCCCACUUUUCUAUAACGGAGACUGAUGCAUCUUGCUGCUAGUAUCGGAUAUGUAUAUAAUAUGUUGUCAUGGAUAUAUAAGCAUGCCUAACCAAGCACAAUUAAAAGGCUAUCCAUCACGCUAACCCGGCCCAGAUGUCCAUGUGAAAUCCCUUUGCCAAUUCUCUUGGCCCGAUGUGCAAUUAAUUAACCAGCUUAUGUAAUUAUUAACUAAUUGCCAGUCAUGACAAAGCGCAAUUUGGCUCGAUAGUUCACAUUCUAUGCUAUACGCUGAUCAUAAUCAUUUUUGUAAGCAGAAUAUUAAAAUACUACUAAAGCCUAAGCCUAUUGAUAUUUUA